ACAUAUAUAUAUGCUUAUAAUUUAUUUUUAUAACUAAUAGAAUAUAAUAAUUAACUUAAAUUAUUGAAAAUAAAUAUAAGCAUAAUUAAUUUAUUAGUUAAGGUAAAAAUAUAUAUGUGCUGAUAAUAAUUGUACUAUUUGUCAACAAAGUAUUGAAAAUUAGUCGUCGUCUAUCCGUUUAAAUAUUUUAUAAAAAAUUGUUAAAAAUGAAGAAAAAGGUUUUAUUGAUGGGAAAAAGUGGGUCUGGAAAAACCAGUAUGCGGAGUAUUAUAUUUGCGAAUUAUAUUGCAAGAGAUACCAGGCGAUUGGGAGCAACAAUUGAUGUUGAACACAGUCAUGUGAGAUUUCUUGGUAAUUUGGUACUAAAUUUGUGGGACUGUGGUGGCCAAGAAGCAUUCAUGGAAAAUUAUUUUGCUUCACAACGAGAUAAUAUAUUUAGAAAUGUUGAAGUAUUGAUUUAUGUAUUUGAUGUAGAAUCACGAGAAUUAGAUAAAGAUAUGCAUUAUUACCAAAGUUGUUUGGAAGCUAUACUGCAAAAUAGCCCAGAUGCUAAAAUAUUUUGUCUCGUCCACAAGAUGGAUCUUGUGCAAGAAGAUCAAAGAGACGUCAUAUUCCGGGAAAGAGCUGAAGAUUUAAAAAAAUUAAGUCUUCCUCUUGACUGUACGUGUUUUAGAACAAGUAUAUGGGAUGAAACUUUAUAUAGGGCUUGGUCUUCCAUUGUUUAUAUGCUGAUUCCAAAUGUUAAGGAAUUGGAACAAAGUCUCGAACAAUUUGCCAAUAUUAUUGAUGCUGAUGAAGUUUUACUAUUUGAAAGAGCAACCUUUUUAGUUAUCAGCCAUUGUCAAAGAAAGUAUCACAGGGAUGUUCAUCGUUUCGAAAAAGUUUCAAAUAUUAUAAAACAAUUUAAAUUGAGUUGCAGCAAAUUAGCGUCUCAAUUUUUAAGUAUGGAAGUAAGAAAUACUAAUUUUGCUGCUUUCAUUGAUGUAUUUACUUCCAACACUUACGUUAUGGUGAUAAUGUCUGAUCCUGCAAUUCCCUCAGCAGCGACACUUAUCAAUAUUCGAAACGCCCGAAAGCACUUUGAAAAACUAGAGCGUGUGAGUCAAAGCUCAGCAUUAAAUGGAUAAAAUUCAGCUCGGUCCAGGCGCAUUGUCGCUCGGACCCACAUUUUCAAUUGGCUUUAAAUAAAUUGCAAAUAUGUGACAAAUAUAUAUAAAAAUAAAAAAAAGAAAAGCUCAUUGACUGAUUAAUUGUCAAAACUUGUAUAAAAUAAUAUUCUUGUGUAAAAAAGAAACUAUGAAUUAAUUUGAAAAAAUAAAAAAACAAUAAGUACUGAUAAAUGACUGGAAAUUUAAAAAAUAAAAUAAUUAGACUGGUUAAAGUGUAUGUAAAUGACAACACUUGAUUUUCUUUAAAUGUAUAAAAAUUUUUUUUAAUUAUUGAAAAGUUUGUAUCAAUAUUUUCCUACACAUUCGUCAAUUUAUUGUUAAAUAAAUACAUUGUAUUAUAAACUUAAAUGUAUUAGAUUAGACAAAUU